AUGAGUGCUGUUGAAGAGAAGAUCAAAUCAAACUUGGUUCCAGGGGCAAAUACACUUAUUGAGGAAAUGAAGUUAUUAAAGGAAAUGCAGGAUCAUGCUGGAAUCAGAAAACCAAUAAAUUCGGAGCUAUGGCACGCAUGUGCCGGUCCACUGGUGACACUGCCUCAGGUGGGCAGCCUUGUGUAUUAUUUUCCUCAGGGACACAGUGAACAGGUAGCGGUUUCCACGAAUAGAACUGCAACCUCACAGAUUCCGAACUAUCCAAACCUCCCUUCACAAUUGUUGUGUCAAGUGCACAACGUCACUCAACAUGCUGAUAAAGAUACCGAUGAGAUUUAUGCCCAAAUGACCCUUCAACCGGUGAACUCUGAAAAGGAUAUCUUCCCCAUGCCAGAUUUUGGGCUAAGGACUAGUAAACAUCCUACUGAGUUCUUUUGCAAGACUUUGACUGCAAGUGACACUAGCACUCAUGGUGGGUUCUCAGUUCCGCGAAGGGCAGCCGAGAAACUCUUUCCACAGCUGGAUUAUUCAAUGCAACCUCCAACCCAAGAGCUUGUCGUCCGUGACCUGCAUGACAAUACCUGGACUUUCCGUCAUAUAUACCGAGGGCAGCCCAAAAGACACCUGCUUACUACUGGCUGGAGCAUGUUCGUUGGUACAAAGAGACUUAGAGCUGGCGAUUCUGUUCUAUUCAUAAGGGAUGAGAAAUCACAACUACUGCUUGGUGUGAGGCGUGCUAACCGUCAGCCGGCUGCAUUGCCAUCCUCUGUUCUAUCUGCUGAUAGCAUGCAUAUUGGAGUCCUUGCUGCUGCAGCUCAUGCUGCUGCCAAUAGGAGUUCGUUUACAAUCUUCUACAAUCCUAGGGCAUGUCCUUCGGAGUUUGUCAUUCCUUUGGCAAGAUUUCGGAAAUCAGUGUUUGGAACGCAGCUCACAGCUGGCAUGAGGUUUGGAAUGAUGUUCGAAACAGAGGAAUCAAGCAAGCGUAGAUAUAUGGGCACCAUAGUUGGUAUAAGCGAUUUGGAUCCACUGAGAUGGCCUGGUUCCAAGUGGCGAAGUGUUCAGGUUGAGUGGGAUGAACCUGGCUGUGGUGAUAAGCAAAACCGAGUGAGUCCUUGGGAAAUUGAAACCCCUGAAAGUCUCUUCAUUUUUCCUUCUCUAACUGCAGGACUUAAGCGUCCUUUCCAGUCUGCAUUUUUGGGAGCACAACCUGAGUGGGAAAGCUUAAUAAGCAAGCCUUUCCUCCGAAUUCCCGGGAAUCUUAACACAGAUAUGAUGUAUCCUCCUGUUUCAAAUCCAUGGUCAGAUCAGUUAAUGAAGAUGCUAUCACGGCCGGAUGCUGUUGACCAUCUAGCAAUGGCUGCGGCAUCUUCCACAUUGCAAACAAACGUUAAGGUUCCUCCUGCUCCCGAGACCCAAAACACUAUGCAGGCAGUAACCAAGCAGAAACCCGAGGUAGUCCAUUUAGAUAAUGCCUCCUCACCAAGUGUGAAUCAUACACCUAACCAUACUGACCAACCUAACCUUCCGCAACUCGUACCAGAAAAUUCACCCUCUGUUGAUAAACUUGGAAACCAAAUACCUAGCAACACCCCUGCUGAACCAGUCAAAUUAGAGUCAGGACCGCAACUUGAUCAAUUUAGCCAAUAUGCAUCAUCACUAGGACAGUGUGUUGACAACCGACUGUUACAAAAGCCGACGACAAAUAAUCUUGUGAGCGAUAGCAUACUCCUGAAUCAGAGUAACAAUCAUCUAGCAAUGCAAUCAAGCCCAAGGGUUAUGCAGGCUCAGUUAGAUCCGCACAUUCUCCAGGCCUUGUCAAAUGACCCAUCUCUUGCAGAGUAUGCCGGUGGUAAUGGCCUCAUGUCGUAUCCAGAUCAUAAUGAAUGGAACUUAUAUCCUUCAUCUUUCCAAUCUCAUGGUGGGCUUCUCAAGUCUCCUGGAUCCUCAUCUGCUGUGUUUAGGAAGCCAGACCAUCCACUUACCUUAUCAGGACCUAUGGGUUCAGCUGAAGUUGCUUCCAUUGAAGAGUUGUUGAAUAACCAGUUUACUAAUGCGAAAAGUGUUCAUCAAGCCGGCCAGCAGCAUGUUCCAUUACCGCAACAAGACCUAGCUAAUGUUCACCUUUUGUCUAACCAAUUCGGUUUAAAAGAUUUUUCGAAUAUGAGCCCCAACCAUAGCGACCUGUAUAGCUGUCUGCAUUUUGAUGGAAGUAACAGCGGGAGCACGGUGGUUGAUCCAUCCGUUUCUAGCACCGCAUUGGAUGAACUGUGCACAUUGAAAAAUGCCAAUUACCAGAAUCCUUCUGAUUAUUUGGUUGGGAACUUCAGUUCUUGCCAAGAUGUUCAAUCUCAGAUCACCUCAGCAAGCUUAGCCGAUUCUCAGGCCUUUUCAGUGCAAGAAUUUGUUGAUAAUUCAGGUGGUGCUUCUUCAAGUGAUGUUGAUUUUGACGAGAAUAAUGCUUUGCCAACCAGUUCGUGGCAGCAAGCAGCUCCUCGUGUACGGACAUACACUAAGAUUCAAAAAGCUGGGUCCGUUGGAAGGUCCAUAGAUGUAUCGAGUUUCAAGAAUUAUGAUGAACUAUGUUCUGCAAUCGAGCGGAUGUUUGGACUUGAUGGGUUGCUGAAUGACUCCAAAGGUUCAGGCUGGAAACUGGUUUAUGUCGAUUUUGAGAAUGAUGUUCUUCUUGUUGGUGAUGAUCCUUGGGAGGAAUUUGUGGGCUGUGUGAAGUGCAUCCGGAUACUUUCGCCUUCCGAAGUUCAGCAGAUGGGUGAAGAAGGAAUGCAAAUUCUUAACUCGGUCACCGAAGCCGGACGUUCUUUUGAUGGCCAUUGUUAG